CGCGCGCACACACACUUACAUACACACACGUACAGUGGUAAGCUGCUAGCUGAUGAUUGACACACAGAGACAGUGAUAAACCUUCUCAAGACAACUCCACAUCACUUCACAAGCUGCUGCUUGCUCCGCACUCACUCACUGAUCCAGAUACAGUCAUUUCAUCAUUUAAUACGUGUGCAGCAGCCACAGGAGUAUGGCAAAGCAGACUGAUGACAUCAUGCUGUUGAAAGGUCACUCCUUCACCGAAAAUACCUUUCAUCAUUUCUCAGAGAUGGAUCUAGACAGGAUCUAUAUGGACUACAAUGCUACUACUCCGCUGGAGCCAGAAGUGACCCAGGCCAUUACUGAAGCCCUGCAGGAAGCCUGGGGAAACCCAAGCAGCAACUAUAUCGCAGGGGCCAAGGCGAAGGCAAUCAUUAAUCAGUCCAGAGAGAAUGUGGCAAGAAUGGUCGGAGGGAGAGCAGAGGACAUCCUUUUUACCUCAGGGGGAACAGAGGCAAAUAACCUGGUGCUUUACACUGCUGUAGAGCACUUCAGGAGAAACCGCAGAGCUGCAGAGCAAAGUGAAGGCCUGCCACACAUCAUCACCUCCACCGUGGAACACGACUCGGUCAAGCUAGUAGCCGAGCACCUGCAGAGAGAGGGCAAGGCAGAUGUUACAUUUGUUCCCGUGUCUAAGACGACAGCCCGCGUCGAGGUGGAGGACAUCGUUGCGGCGGUGCGUCCCAACACAUGUCUCAUCUCCAUCAUGCUGGCCAACAAUGAGACAGGAGUCAUGAUGCCAGUUCAAGAGAUCUGCCAGAGAAUAAAAUCUCUCAACAAGCAGCACGAGCGUCUCAGGAUACUGCUCCACACCGACGCUGCCCAGGCUCUGGGGAAAGUCGGAGUUGAUGUCUGUGAACUGGGAGUGGAUUACCUCACCAUAGUGGGACACAAGUUCUAUGCCCCUCGGAUCGGUGCUUUGUACGUGAGUGGCCCUGGAACCAGAACGCCAUUGUACCCGAUGCUGUUCGGAGGAGGACAGGAGAGAAACUUCCGACCAGGCACUGAAAACACACCCAUGAUUGCUGGUCUGGGAAAGGCUGCAGAGCUGGUGACCGCUAAUCUGUCAGAUUAUCAGCGUCAUAUGCAAAGUACCAAACUUUACCUGGAACAACGACUGCGGGCCAUAUUUAAAGAGCGGAUCCACUUCAACAGCCAUUACCCCGGCUCUGAUAUCCUCCCCAACACAUGUAAUGUGUCUAUCCUGGGGCCAACAUUACAAGGCUGGAGGGUGUUGUCCAACUGUAGGAGGCUGCUGGCCAGUGUCGGAGCCGCCUGCCACUCGGACAGUGGGAACAGGCCUUCCCAUAUCCUCCUGAGCUGCGGCGUCCCCUCAGAGGUUGCAGCCAAUGCUUUGAGGUUGAGCGUGGGCAGGGGGACGACCAGGGAAGAUGUGGAUGCAGUCGUGGAGGAUCUGAGGAAAACAGUGCAGCUGUUGGAAGAAAUUAACUGAUGGACUUUUUAUGCACAAAGUAAAGUAAAUCCCGGAGGUCAAAUAAGGAUGUACAGUUAGACGCACACCACCUGUGCUUAUUGUUACUUGUGAAAUGGAUGAAAAAUUUAAUAUAAAUAAUAAAGGAGAACUUGUAGUGAC